GGCCAUGUAUGUACCCCACGUUAUGACCCCCUCAGUAUGUCACACACUCAGUGUAUUAUUUAAACAACAUAUUGCUGUUGUACGAGUCUAAAAGACGGGUCUCCCACAGUGUGGCAUGGUCCUACGGAGAUUCCUAAAAAUGUCGCACCAUUCCCACAUUAACUGACCGUCCGCGUUUCUUGUCAUCAGACCUUGAAGCAAUGUUUGUUCGAGGUCGUUAAUUUUUUUUCGGCUAUUUUUAAAACCCCGCACGGCGCUGCAUUGCUUACCGUAUGCCACUGACGGGACUGACCCCGGGCUAGAGCGGCAUAAAACUGUACGUACAGAGGUAUAAACAUCACCGAACAACAUCAGCUGGAAUUUUUUUGGACGCCGCGCGCCGAAUUUGUUGUAGAGGAAUUUUGCCUUAUGUGACCGCCGGGAAUCGAACCCAGGGACGGAAGCGUGCAGAAUUCAACCAUCGUUUGACAUAGAGGUGACUCGGGGGGACGACACUGUGGCCGGUGGUGUGACGACAAGAGAGAGAGAGACUACCACAACCAGCAGCCAUGAUGACCGAAGUGUUACCGGACGAAGCCGACUGGACAGAGACGGAGACAGAGAUUGAGAUCGAGGUAGAAGACCUCGUCCCCAAAAGCCACUGGGAUCUGGAAGCCAUCUUAGACGGCAGGGACACGGGAGAGCCCAAGAAGAGGAAGAUCAAGAAGAAGGUGAAGAAGAAGGUGAAGAGGAAGCCGAAGCCCAAACCGCCGACCCCGCCUCCGCGCCAGAUCACGCCUUCUCCUCCGCCUAAACCCAAGACCCCUCCACCUCCUCCCAAGCCGAAAACUCCCGAGCCGUCGCCCGAGCCGAUCGUGUACGUGGAUGAGAGCUUGACGCUGAACGAGGAGGAUGACUCCGGGACCGGGAUGGGGUAUGACGGCAUGGGGGACGACGACGGGCUCGGGGCCGGGGACGGAGGGGACAGCGGGGCCGACACCGGGGACGAGACCGGCUUCUCCGAGGUGGAGAUUCAGAUGGCGGACGAGUCGGAGGCAGCGCCGGGGACCAUGAGGUCUGUGUCUCAAUGGCGCGGAGGGGACUGGGGCUCCAUCAUGUCCAACCUGGCCAAUGCCAUGUGCACCAGGUGUCGGGGUGGCUUUGGGCCGUAUGAGAAGAUGGUCAACUCCAAUGGAGAGCUGUACCAUGAGAAAUGCUUUGUCUGUGCCCAGUGCUUCCAGCCGUUCCCAGAUGGACUCUUCUAUGAGUUUGAGGGGAGGAAGUACUGUGAGCAUGACUUCCAUAUGCUGUAUGCACCAUGUUGUGGGCAGUGUGGGGAGUUUGUGAUUGGCCGUGUUAUCAAGGCAAUGAAUAAUAACUGGCACCCCGACUGUUUCACCUGCCACACCUGCCAUGCCCCGCUGGCUGACACAGGAUUUGUCAAGAACGCUGGCAGGGCCCUGUGUCGCCCCUGUAAUGCAAGGGAGAGGGCUUCAGGACUGGGCAAGUACAUCUGCCAGAAGUGCCACCAAAUGAUUGAAGACAAGCAUCUGAUAUUCAAGAGUGAACCGUACCAUCCCUACCACUUCAACUGUCACCAUUGUGGGAAGGAGCUGACAGAAGUUGCCCGUGAGCUGCGAGGAGAGCUGUACUGCCUCCCCUGCCAUGACAAGAUGGGAAUCCCCAUUUGUGGUGCCUGCAGGCGUCCCAUCGAGACUCGUGUGGUGAACGCACUUGGCAAGCAGUGGCAUGUGGAGCAUUUUGUGUGUGCCAAAUGCGAGAAGCCGUUCCUGGGCCAUCGCCACUACGAACGGAAGGGCCUGGCGUACUGCGAGACUCACUACAACCAGCUGUUUGGGGACGUCUGUUACUGUUGCAACAAGGUCAUCACUGGAGAUGUUGUGAGUGCCUUGAACAAGUCCUGGUGUGUCGCUUGUUUCGCCUGCUCAAUCUGUGACCAGAAACUUACACUCAACACCAAGUUCCUGGAGUUUGACAUGAAGCCCGUCUGCAAGGCCUGCUUCGUCAAGUUCCCCAUGGAGCUGAAGAAGCGCUAUAAGUGAAGGCGCUGACGCCUGUCUGUCACGCCUGUACCGUGUACGCAUGAGUCGAUUCAUAGAGGUUGAUAUGAGGCCUGUCUGCAAGAAGUGUUACGAGAAACUGCCGACGGAACUGAAGAAACGUCUGAAGACCUAGAGAAAUGGGGUUUUGUUGAGAAUCCUAUCCCAGCAUGCAAUGUUCCAAAAUGGCUGCCGCCCUUCACUGGUGACCUUCACAUACUGAAGUUAUAGACUUUGUAGAGCA